AUGGUCAACGUCGGGAUUAUCGGUGUAGGCCUCGUCGGUUCAGAACUCCUUUCUCAACUCUCGACCCACCGUUCUAGCAAUGUAAUUCCUAAAUUUUCAGUUGUUGCCCUCAAAAAUUCAUCUAAACAACUCUUGAGCAGUUCAGAUUAUGCACCGCUCGACCUUUCAAACUGGAAAGUCGCCCUGCAAACUCACGGUGCAACGUCGGACCUCGCGACGUUCGUUGAAUACUUAUCCAGCAGUCCGACUCCAGCGGUCAUUAUUGAUAACACCUCGAGUCAAGAAAUAGCGUCGCAAUAUUCGUUAUUUCUAAGGAAGGGGUUGCACGUAGUAACGCCCAAUAAAAAAGCGUUUAGCGGUGACAUAGAAUAUUAUAAGAAAAUAGUUGAAGAGGCGGAGAAAAACAAAAGAUCCUUGUUACACGAAAGCACAGUUGGUGCUGGAUUACCAGUCAUUAAUACUUUAAAUGAUUUAAUUAAAACUGGUGAUAAAAUAGUGAAGAUCGAAGGAAUCUUUUCAGGAACUUUAAGCUAUAUCUUUAAUGAGUUUUCUUCGUUGAGCGGUAACACAAAAAGAAAGUUUUCGGAAAUUGUUAAAGUUGCCCAGGAAAAUGGCUAUACGGAGCCCGAUCCACGCGAUGACUUGAACGGAUUGGAUGUUGCUCGCAAAGUUGUUAUUCUUGGUAGAAUUGCUGGAUUCGAUUUGGAUCUUGAAACGUUACCGGUGGAAAACAUCGUACCUGAGUCAUUACGCACCCUACCAUCAUCCUCAGAAUUCAUGGAACGUUUGCCUGAAUUCGAUCAUCAUUUUGAUAACUUGGAUCAAACUGCAAAAAAUAGCAAUCAAGUUUUAAGGUAUAUCGGCAUCAUUGAUCCGGUUAAUAAUGAAAAAUGUGUAAAAUUAGUCAGUUUGCCAGUGUCUCAUCCGUUCGCUUCGCUUAAAGGAAGCGAUAAUAUUAUCGCAUUUACUACACAAAGAUUUCCUAACCCUUUAAUAAUUCAAGGUGCUGGAGCGGGAGCUGGCGUUACAGCUUUCGGCAUAUUUUCAGAUCUCUUAAAAAUUUAUGACAAAGUUAAUGCAUAA